CCCCCGUCUUCCACAACUAGCACCAGCUCAUGCGCUUCUGGCUCUUCCUCGACAUCUCAUGCACUUCUGGCUCUUCCCCGACACGUACACCUUCCACGGGGUCUGGUAGUGAUACUAGCGACGGGUCAACCACCGCGACACCAGAUAGUACCAGUUCAACGACCAUUCACUCAACUACUUCGACUGUAUCCACAACCACAGUGUCCACAGCGUCCUCGUCCCCCGCUGUCCCAUCGCUUUCAUCGUCACCUACACCCAAUAACAGAGCAGCUACGCACACCAACCCCAACACGGGCGCCAUCGCUGGUGGUGUCGUCGGGGGCGCCGUCUUCCUAGCUUGCGUCAUAGUAGCCGGUAUACUCUACUUCCGCCGCAAACGUCGCAUGGCGCCCUCCGCAGAGUUUAUGGACUCCGUCCAUAAAGGCGCACCCCCCAUAUUCCGUCUGCGUUCCGGCGCCGAAUACACGGCCUCCACGCCAGACCACGUCGGCUCUCUCCCUGGGACACCCAUCCCCUUUCCGUUCAUGCAGGACCCGGAUGGCCUUGCCAGAUUCCAGCGCGAGAAAGUCGUUACCUCCCCCACCGCGUCCCCCGUUUUCGGACUAUGACUAUCACCACUUUCAUUCUGUGUACGAGCCGCCGGAAGAAGGGGUAGUGUCUGGGGUGCCCAGUGCUCGGCAAGGUGUGGAGGAUUCACGUCCCCCGUUUUCGGACUAUCA